GGCGGUGACGUCACCGCUUUGUCAGUCUCCCUGCACCGCGGUCCUUCCGUCGAGGCUGUACGAGCUUUUCCCGAUAACUGAUAAUCGCUAUUUUUCGGGUGAAGAUGGCCGCAGGUCCCCUCUCUGUGUCCUCCAACGCAUCGACAAACAACGAUGGCAUUCUCAUCGGUGACAAAGUUUACUCGGAAGUGUACCUUACCAUCGACAACUCGCUCAUACCGGAGGAGCGGCUCUCUCCGACGCCGUCAAUGGUCGACGGCCUCGACUUGAACACAGAGACCGACCUUCGCAUCCUCGGGUGUGAACUCAUUCAGUCGGCGGGCAUUCUUCUCCGGUUACCGCAGGUGGCCAUGGCAACUGGGCAAGUGCUGUUCCAUCGCUUUUUCUAUUCCAAGUCCUUCGUCAAGCACAGUUUUGAGAUUGUUGCUAUGGCUUGUAUCAACUUGGCCUCCAAGAUUGAGGAAGCACCUAGACGAAUAAGAGAUGUCAUAAAUGUUUUUCACCAUCUGAGACAGAUCAGAGGCAAAAAGACUCCAAGUUCAUUGAUACUUGAUCAGAACUACAUAAAUACAAAAAACCAAGUCAUCAAAGGAGAACGGCGGAUCCUGAAGGAGCUGGGCUUCUGUGUGCAUGUCAAGCAUCCUCACAAGAUCAUCGUCAUGUACCUUCAAGUCCUUGAAUGUGAGAAGAACCAGACACUUGUCCAGACGGCCUGGAACUACAUGAAUGAUACCCUGCGGACAAAUGUGUUUGUGAGAUUCCAAGCCGAGACCAUCGCCUGUGCCUGCAUAUUCCUCGCUGCCCGAGCCCUGCAGAUACCUCUACCAUCCAGGCCUAACUGGUACCUGCUGUUUGGAGCCAGUGAGGAUGAAGUUAAAGAGGUCUGCAUCACCACCCUCAAACUCUACACCAGGAAGAAGCCUAACUACGACCAGAUGGAGAAGGAGGUGGAUCGGAGGAAAAUGUUCUUGGCGGAGGCCAAGCUGAAAGCGAAAGGCCUGAACCCCGAUGGCACCCCUGCUUUGUCCACACUCGGUGGCUUCUCUCCGGCUUCCAAGCCCUGCUCGCCAAGCGUGGCAAAGGCAGAGGAGAAGUCUCCGAACCCCCAGACCCUCAAACCAGUUAAGAAGGAGCUAGAGAGCCGGACUCAGGUCAACAAGAGUCCGCACAAUGGCUUAAGGAAGGACAUGAAGAUUGGGAAGAACAGUAGGAGCAGAAGUCGAUCUCGUUCAAGAACACGGUCCCGGUCGAGAUCCCGCUCGCCUCGCAGACAUUACAACAGCAGACGCAGUCACUCGGGGACGUACAGUUCUCGCUCACGCUCUCGCUCUCACAGUCGUAGUCCGUCUCCUCGCCGACAUCCGCCCUCCCCCCUCCUCCCCCACCUCAAGUCCAAGUCCAGCCACCACAGCAACAGCGACUCUAAGCCCAGCAGUCGCCACAGCAACAGUGGCAGCGCAACGGCUCACAAGCGGAAGCGCUCGCGUUCUCGCACGCGGUCCCGCAGUCCGGUCAAGGUGGAGCGGGAACGGGAGCGGGACCGAGAGCGCGAACGGGAGAGAGACAGAGAGCGCAGCUCCUUCGAGCUCACCACGAAGAAACACAAGCACGAGCGAGGAGGCGGUCACCGUGGAGACCGGCGAGAGAGGGAGAGGUCCCGGUCCUACGACAGGGACCGGGAGAGAGAGCGCGGCCACAAGAGCAAACACCACAGCAGCAGUGGCCACUCGGGACACCGCCACCGCCGCUGAGACCACCCCCCCCCACCCAACACACACCACCAACAGGCUAUCUCGAGGACUGAUGGUCACUGAAGUAUUUCCAGUAUACUCAAAAUCAAAAUAAUUUUGGCGUGUUUUCCGAAUGCGCAGUGUGCUAAAUGAGUGCAACUGCGAGUGUUUGCAUUCGAUGACGUCACGUCUUGCGAGUUCUUCUGACGGUUGACUAAAUGGUUGCACUUAAACUAUUAGGGAAGUUAAACAAAUAUCUGCAGCUGUCAGACGACCUCUCUUGACGUGUCCUCACAAUGCUGCACCUCUGCCCGUGGUUGAGCAAACAUGCCAAGUUUGGUUUCCUUUUGGGUAAACUGAGCCUAAUGCCAACAUAGUUGGCUGACUGGGCUUCUCAUAUGCAUCCUAAAAAUGACCAUUUAAACUAUAUGCUUUACGGGAAUUUUGAUCCUCUUCAAUCCUCUUAAUUUUGCUGGCCUGUCAAAUCAGUACCUUUUUUUUGUUUUUUACUUAUUUUUAUUGAAUUCUUUUUUGUCAUCGAUGAUAUUUAUGGAAAUAAUGUUGAAAUUGCCGAGAUCCUCCACCUACCUUCUGCAUGUACAAAUGUCUUAGUUAUAUAAUACGCAUUGAUUUGACUCAUCUACGCAACAGCACACUUGUAGCUGAUAUUUGGCGGAGGUGGUUGAUGUUGUGUUUCUGUGGACUGGAAGUGUGUGUCUGAGGAACCCGGGCUGCAGCCGCAACUACCAGCAGUAAGUGGACUAUUUGUACGUUUACUCACCUUUUUUCACCCAGCGAGACAUCAGUCCCAGACCGGAUGUCCCGCCCUCUCCUGCUAUAGGUUGAUGUUGAUUUUCCCAUGCUACCUCCAACCCCGCACACACACCACGGCCAUCUCUCUAGCCUGCCCUUACGUUCUUAGUUUUACAUGUAAAGUUAUGGACUUUGGGAAAACAAAACUUAUUUACAGUGUAAAGAUGGAUUGAUAUCUGCUGACAAAAUGUGAACGCUUUGAUUUAUAAAAGCGAACCGCUCAGUGGAACAUUGAAUGAACAAAUGUCAAAUAAAAGCGAUCAUUCAGGAAGAUCAGUAUGUUUGCAAAUUAAGGGACAGGUGGGCGAGUGGUAUAUAUAUUUUUUCCAUUUUUUUUUGACAUGUAUAUUGCUAAAGCAGUUUUGUACAGUUUCAAUUUUUUUUUUUUUUUUUUUACAGCAGGGGUUACAGAUUGAUUUGAAAAAGUUUAGGGUUGUCAAUUUGUUACACUGGUUUUUAGUCUGCACGUGUUCAUGUCCAAUUUUUAUUCAAUAAUAAAUGAGCUAUGCCACUGAA